CAAACCAGCAUUCCAUAACGCCUGUCGCCUAACGUACGCAUAGCAGGAGCAGCCCAGUCCAUGCUUGGCUUGGUUUCGCCAUAUGCUGAGUCCCCCUCACAGCUCACUGCGCGAGUCACACGCUAAGGACGCGAUGAUAAUCGGUUUCGUCGACAGCACCUGCAGAGACACAGCAAAGUCUAGAUUCUGGCAGACAGAGCGUUUCCGAUUCAGUCGGUUUCGUCAAACAGUCGGUGAAGUAGAACUUUCCAGCUAGAGCCUCGGCAAAGUGCCACGUGUCAGCCAGUCACAUUCCGCAUUUCGAGAUGUCCCAAAACCGGCGAGUUAGCCAAUCCGGUUUUAACCUCUCGGUUUUGUCGUGUGAUCCAAUAAGUAACUUAUUGUGAAACCUAAUGCGCCUAGGACAUGACACUCGUACUUAUUCCACGCGGUUCCACUUGAAAGACCUCGAUAGUUGCCGCGUCACAUGGGUAACCAGGUGAGCAUAAUCGACGCGUUAGUAGACGCGGAAUUUCCACCAAUCAGCGACGCCGGUUCUAACCACGUAGUUCGGAAACCAGUAGGAAGCAUCACCACCUCCAGAAGCAGCAGCAGCAUCAGCACCCUCAGCAGCAGCAGCGGCAGCAGUAUUGCUAAUGGCGGUGCGGACAGCAGCAGCAGCACCGCUAGUAAUGGCGGUGCCGGCACGUGUACGUGCAGCGUUACCAGCAGCGCCGAAAGCGGCGGCGGUAGCGGUGGCAGUGGCGGCGGAAAGGGCGGGAGCGCGGUGAGGAGCAUCGCGUGCAGCGACCUCAGCCGUCCGAUGGGCAUCUUGGCGUUCGAAGUGGCCGGGCUGAUGCACCGCGUGCUGGACCACUGGAGCCAAUUGGAGCCCGGACACGUGGCAGAGCUGCGGCAGCAGCUGCAGAGCGAGAAUCUGGAGCGACUGGGAGUGGGCGACUUCAGCUUCCGAUGGCGCAUGGCAGGCUUGGAGUAUUCGAACGAGCUGCUGCUGCUGACAGCUGGCGUGGCGGCAUUGGCUCGGCAGAGUGGGGGGGCGGUGGGGGGACAGAUGCAGCAGGUGCUGAGGGGGCACGCGAGACGGAGGGAAAAGAGAGAGAAGCCGGUGGGAAAAGCAGAGGCAGAUGAAGUGAUGAGGUUUCUUCGGGACCAUCUGGGGCCAACGGGCCAACUGAAGCAGGAGAUGGAAGCCUUGGACGAAGCCAUCGCCAGCACGGCAUCGGAUGGGGAUGCAUACUCGUUUGAGGACAAGCAACAGCCAACACAGACGUACUCCGACGAUUACUUCGUCACCCAGGUGCAGAAGGUGCAGCAGCUUCAGAGGAGCUCCCUGUGGUCCCACGACCUCGAGAGAAUAACCAAGACCCUCGCAGUGGCGGUCGGCAUUCUUUGGCAGCAUUUGAGGGAGGUGUUUGGGUGGCCGGAUCCCAUAGGGCCAGACGACUUGGAGGGCACAGUGGGGCAGGCGGGGCUGCCAAUGCUGUAUGCGCGCGUGCUGGCUGCUGUCAGCCAGUUGGCUGUUACCCUCCCUGGCUCUCCGGCCUUCACAGAGAAGAGGAAGGACCUGUACGCCAUGCUGCCCACGUUCAUCCGCCAUCAGCUGCACUCCCGCCUGCGCAUCUCCCGCCGCCGCCAGCUGGACUCGGUGCUGCUGGGGGAGCUGCGCCAGCUGGCGGCGCAGAUGUUCUGCUGGCUCAUGCCGUUUUCGCAGUCCACGUUACUCUGGGUGAAUGAGCGGUCGCACAGUGCAAGGGUGGCUGGACGGCAACGCGUGCUGCUAGUGCAGACCCUCCAUUUCGCCAACAAGGAUCGCUUCGAGGCCAUUCUCAUCGAGCUCCUCUCCUCGCUCUCCCUAGUCAUCGCAGCCUCCACCGCUCCUCCUCCCCCCCCUCCCGCUCGCCCUCACAAGCCUCCCUCCCUCGCCCGAGCCUCCAGCACCUCCCAAGCGUCCUCCCGAGCCAAGGCCUUUGGUUCGGCUUCCUCUUCCUACUCCAGCCGCCGCCGCGGCUCGCCUGCUCCUGUGUCCUCUGGUUCCCCCCUCGACGAUUUCGACCCUGAAGCAGCACUUGCAGAGGGGGCAGCAGAAGCAGCAGCAGCGGCAGCAGGAGGAGGAGGAGGAGGAGGAGGGUCGAUCCCAUCUCGCAUCUCCCUUCCCCGUGCUGCCUCUGCUGCUGAGGUGCUCGACGCUCCUAACUCCUCCAUCUCCCCUCCCGGCGCCGCGGCUGCUGCUGCUGCUGCUGCUGCUGCUGCUUCCUCCCAACUCGCUGCAGCAGCUGCCAGCACAGCAGCAGCAGGACAAAAGAGCAUUCCAAUUCACUCCCAAGCAGACGGUGGUAUGGCUGCUGCUGCUUCUGGUGCUGGUGCAGCUGCCGCUGGUGCUGCGGAUCUCCCUUCCCUGGCAGCAGCACUCCCCCCGCGCCGGCGCACACAUGCAGACAUCGCAGCCGCUGCAAUCGCAGUCGUUGACGCAACCGCCGCCGCUACUGCUGGUACCUCCACCACUCCCCCAAAACCAUCAACAGCAGCAGGCAAGUCCCCUGCUCGCAGGCGCGGCCGGCACUCGCGCUCUCUCUCAAUGUCAGAUAUCAUGCCCGCCCCCUCCUCGCUCAAGUGGCUUGUUGACGACAGCACAGCUGGCAGCGAUGCAGCAGCAGGAGGAGGGGGAGCAGGAGGGGUGGAUAGCCUGCCAAAGUUUCUGGAGGAAUUGGCUCAGCACGGGUUUGUGGUGCCGGCCUUCGAUCGGAGCGAAGGCCGCGUGCUGCACCAAACAGCCACCCUCUCCUCUUCCCUUGCUGCUGCCACUGGCCCCUCCGCUUCCUCCUCCGCCUCUCAUGCCUCCCUCUUCCACAACCCUCCCAGCCGUUUGUUCUCUGGGGAAUCGGCCACUGAUAGGCAAGGCAAGGGGGGAGCAGGAGCAGCGGGAGGGAGGGAUGCGCAAACCAGCAAGAGUGAGAAGGACAUGACGCCUCUUGACCGGCUACUGGCUCGCAUGCCCCCCCCGCGGCGGUUAAAGCGCUCCACCACCCCGCCUGGUAACCGCAUUGAAAGAACGCUCUCCCCCCCAGUUCGCCAGCCGAUUCUAAGGGAUGGGAGGGUGGAGGACGUGACAGUAUCGCGGGUGACUGUAGCGAAUGGAACCAGUGCUGGCGAUGCUUUGAGUAGGCUUAGUAACAGUAGCCAUGGUACCGGGGGGGAUGUCAGCAGCAGUGGUAGCAGCGGUAACAAUGGGAAUUGUGGAGGUGUUGAGAACGGUAUCGAGGGUGGUUGCAACAGGAGUGUGACUGAAACAGUCAGUGAUAGUAAUGGGAGGGGGAGAGGCCAGCAGGGUGGGAGCAGCAGAGACGAAGCAGCAGCAGUUUCUACUGCAGAACCUCCGCAGCAGAAGGCGCAGCAAGGGGAUGCGGCUUCACCUCCAUCUCAAAAAGACAAGUUUGACAAACAAAUGCCACCACAGGGUGCCAUGGCUGUUGGCUGAAUUGCUGUGAUUGGCUCUAACGAUGAAAAGUUGCAGAAGCAUGGCUUUCAUAUAAUUUUUGUACAGCUCCAGGAUUGUACUCUUAUGUUAUGUCUGAUAUACAUGACUAAAGCUUGUC